AGUCACGCGCGAAACUUCAUUCAUUUAUGCACAUUCUUGGAUAAAAAGAGGAAUAUUUUUGCUUAUCGUUAAUUUGUACAUACACUAGACAUUGUUACAGAAUAUAAAUAACAUUUAGUCUAUCGUUCAGUCACCAGUCUUUAAAUAUCAAGAUCCUUAAUCAGACAAAAAUAUAACCUGCUCAAGAUGCCAUUAGUGACUAAAAUUCGCCUAUUUCGUAGUAAUUAUACAAUUUGUUAUAUGUCUGAGGAAUUAUUUGUAUUUCCAGACAAGAAGUAUUAUGUUAAUCUUGGCGUGAAAUCCGGGGAUGCGUGGGAAUUCGACAUAGAACGAUGUGAUGGAGAUCGCAAAACCAAGUCACUAAAAUUGGUUGUAAAUGCAUUAUUUCUGCAGCCAUUUGUGAGAGAAUGUUUGAAUUCUGUGGUGUAUAGGACUAAUGUGAUGAAUCAUUUGAAUGAGCGUUGUGGGAAUCCUGAGAAUGGGACAGCAUUUUUUAAAUUAAUUCUCAAGCCACCUGAUUCAGAAAUUAUAGAUUAUGCAUGGAAUAAAAGGAUACUGGAACUAGUAUGGAGCAGGGUGGAAAUAGAGAAUGCAUUUUCUUGGCUGUCCACCCUCGGUGGUGCCUACUCAGCUCUCGGAGAUUACUUCGAGGACUGUGCAGAGGAAGCGGGAAGGAUAUCAAUACGCCAAUACAAGCUCUCCCAAAUGCUGGGAGAUGACGCCUUAGCAGCCAGGAGCAAGCUCUAUUCUGCACUCUCAUAUGCUCAGAAAGGCAAACUCAAACUGUCAAGGCAUAUUGUGAGGAACAUCCACGCAUUUGGCAGACUUACUCAUGAUAAGAGGUUGGUGCGUAUGUGCCAAGGCGUUUGGGCGAAAUUGAAGUAUCUAAGGGCGAUUAAAAAUAGUUCUGGUAAAGGUGGAGGUAACGGUAAAAUUGUGUAAUAAUUGAGAUGAGCAGUGUAUUGAAAUCUUUAAUUUAAAUUGUCAUAAAAUGAAAACUGACUAUAUCACUGCCUGUAAGAGCAUUUUAAGAAGCGCAACUGCAGGAACAUGGUUAAUUUAUACACUAAAUCCAAAAAAAGAUGAGUAUGUGUGAAAUGAUAAUGGUCCGGGAGGUCCGUAGCUACUCAGUGAGCCGGUGUCGGCAGGGAGCCGUUCUAAUUCCUUGCCAUCAAAUGGAAGUCUUUUAAGUAGUUCAUGAGUAUUCAAAGUGUUGAAAAGAAAAAUUCUAACUCUAUUAUGAAUGGGAUAUUACCUACUUAAAUGUAUACAAUGUGUAUUCUCGUAAUUCCGAAUACUUCAGAUUGUUGCCAAUAUUCAAAAUUAUCCGAAUAUACCUUAUCACUACACCCUACACUAUUUCUUAUAAAACAUAGUCCCCAGCGGCGUCUGUGUGUGUGUAUGUAUGUUCACGAUAAACUCAAAAACUGCUGAACGGAUUUUCAUGCGGUUUUCACCUAUCACUAGUGAUUCUUGAGAAUGGUUUAGGUGUAUAGUUUGUUCAGGUUUUGUGUAACCUGUGCGAAGCCGGGUCGCUAGUUAGAUUUAAAGUCAGCAUGUUCCCUUGCUACUCGCUGAAACAGAUUUAUAUCGCAAAUACCCCAUUUUUAAUUGCAGUUAUAUGGAAAAUAAUAAUGUAUUAUUUCCUUAGGCACCUGAAAGGUGUAGCCCCUUAUAAUGACACGCAUCUUAAUUUAAUAUACCGUCUGUUGUAAUAAUUUUUUUGUUAUUCAAUUAUGUCUUUGUUUACUUAUUUAUGAAGCACUAUGCGAUAUACUUGGUUAGCCGGGUCCACACAGAGCGAGCAUACGCGCGAGGCAAUUCCUCGCGCACAAAACGGCCAGUGUAGACGUGCCUCGGCCGCGGCGAGCGUGUUGUAUCGCGUGUAUGCUUGCCCUGUUCCUGCCCGGCUUUUGGACGACCGGUAACUAAAUAUUUUUGCAGUGACAGUAGGGUGAAGGAGGGAACAGUGACUCGGAGAAAAAUAGCCGGGUAGUGGCUUACUCAACCUAAUUCCAACAUGAGAGAGGCUACUUGCUUCCCUGCUAAUACAACAAACAUUCAGUAAUCAAACAAAUUUAAAUGGACGAGCAAUGGUUAUUCUAAGCACGUAAAGGUGCUAAAGUGUAUAGCGAUAUCUGAGCGACUGAGCCACUGUUCCCGCCUUGACCCUACCUUAAUACAUUUUGGACCUACCUUCUUAACAUAAGAAUAUCACUUUGGGACCCUUUACGCUUUAUGUAUAAAUAUAUUUAAAAAAAAACAUGCUAUUCUGAACUUUAUUGUGAGUGCAUUAGGGUCUUGUUCUAUGAACGAAUAUCACAUGUAUCAGAUAUUAGAGGAAAAAGAAAACUAGUCAUAUGGCGAAAAAUAUUACGAUUACUUGUUCAAUAGUGAUAUUCGAAAUAAUCCUUUGUACCUAUGUUCCCCUGAUAUUUCUAUCGGUGCUGUAAAUAAAAGUUAUUCAUAAUUAUAAAAUUGU